AUGAGUGAGUUCGUCACAGAGGCAUUCACUUUGCUGGCCGUCGCUAUUGUGAUCAUCGGUCUUAGAACCACGGCACGAUGGAUUAUGGUUGGGCCUAAGAACUUUCAGGCGGAUGAUUAUAUCAUGUUGCUGGCUUGUGUCGUGUACGGCCUGGAAACUGGUGCAGCAUAUAUGGUUGGUGCGUGGUUUGACGGCCUCGCAAAUAAUUCAAUGACAGAUGAAGAACGUACCACUUUAUCUCCCACCUCGCAUGAAUAUCACUUGCGUGUUGGAGGGUCCAAGGUCCAGGUCGCUGGUUGGUCUCUAUAUACUUUGCUGUUAUGGCUUCUUAAAACAUGUAUGGCUAUUUUUUACGCCCGAUUGACAGCGGGACUAGUCAAUAUGCGUAUACGAAUCCACGUCGCCUACUUCUUGAUUGCAGCCACGUAUAUCAUCACGGUUUCUUCGAUUCUAUUUGGGUGUCAUCCCAUGCACAAAAAUUGGCAGAUCAACCCUGAUCCUGGCAAUCACUGCCAGCCUGCGGUAUCCAAAAUUGAUAUCUAUGUGACUGUUGUACUCAAUGUCGCGACAGAUAUCUAUCUCAUCAGCAUUCCCGCCCCGAUGCUAUUUAAAGCUCGACUACGCUGGCGUGAAAAGCUCGAGCUCCUCGUCCUUUUCAGUGGGGGUCUAUUCGUGAUGAUGUGUGGCAUCCUCCGCUGUGUCCUAAUUUUAACAGCCGGUGCCAACGGAGCCGAACAAGCCGGUAGCUGGGCCUGUCGCGAAACCUUCGUCGCUGUCGUAAUCGGCAAUGUGCCAAUGAUCUACCCACUCGUCCGUCGCCUCGCCCGCCGCGCAGGCUUAUACCUUACAACGAAAUCCGGAGGAUCGCAGAGCUAUGAACUCUCAGCAGACUCCGCCGGCUAUGUGAAGCGAAAGAAGUUCCGACACCCCCUCUCGCUCCCAGUUGAUACAACGCUGUGGAACACAGUCAGUGACGAACAGAUGAUCUUACCCAUAGCGCGACAACAACCAGCGACUUGCACCGCCAGGGAAGGGGACUGGGAUACGAUUAGCCAUGGGAGUCAUGGUGGUGGGAUCAAAGUUGUCCACGAGACGAUUGUACACAGUGCGGAAAAAUAA